AUGGGAAAGAUUGCUCAUGACAAUCGUAUAUUUCGUGAGGCUCUUUGUAGAAAAGAACUCAACUUGCCACAUCCAUUGAAAAAUAAAUAUUAUCUAGUUGAUUCUGGAUAUUCCCACACGAAGGGAUACAUGGCUCCUUACAGAGGAGAUAAUGUGAGGUAUCACCUUUCUGACUUUUGGCGUGGUACAACACGACAAUUGCGGGAGCCAAAGGGAUUUAUUGAAAAAUUUAAUUAUUUGCAUUCUUCUUGUAGAAAUAUAGUAGAACGUACAUUUGGUGUAUGGAAAGCGAGAUGGUCCAUUUUGCGCGACAUGCCUUACUAUAACAUUGACACUCAAAGGGAUAUCGUAAUUGAUACUAUGGCCAUUCAUAAUUACAUUAGAAAGAAAUGCAAUGUAGAUAAUGCGUUUCAAGCAGCUGAGAAUGAAAGAUAUAUCCCAUCGGUUGAUUUUGAUGUAGGCUCAACUUCAACGGCUAACAAUAUGGACGGCGAAAAUAUGAGUGAGGAAA